CAAGUAUAACUAGUACGUACUGCAACCAUAUACUCCACGCUCCACAUUUCUCAGUUACUCACCCAUUAGCAUUACAUACUUUGCCUUGUUUGAUAUAUACAUUGUUGUUUUGGACCUUACCGAAAGACGAUUAACUUGCAAUGGAGGCGGUGACAAAGAUGGUGUCCGAGAGACCGGUGGUGAUCUUCAGCAAGAGCUCAUGCUGCAUAAGCCACUCAAUCAAGACCUUGCUUUCCGACUUUGGGGUGAACCCAGCAGUGUAUGAGCUUGAUGAGAUGCAAAGAGGGAGAGAAAUAGAGCAAGCUCUGUUGAGGCUCGGGUGCAGCCCAUCUGUUCCGGCUGUGUUCAUUGGUGGCGAAUUUGUUGGCGGAGCCAAUGAAGUCAUGAGUCUUCAUCUUAAGCGCUCCUUAAUCCCAAUGCUUAAGCGUGUCGGUGCAUUGUGGGUUUAAUUUGUUGGCGGAGCCAAUGAAGUCAUGAGUCGUCAUCAUCAUGUUAGCUAAGCACUUCCUGUCAAGAAUCUUAAUUAGUUAUGCAUGCAUAAGAGAUUAAGUGUGGGAUAAUUAUAUAUGACAUAUAGAGCCUGUGAGAGAUUUUAUUUUUAUUUUUUUAAAUAAGGCUACUAUUUCUACUUAAUUAGUAUUAAGUACUCUUACUAGCUUGAAAGGGUUAUUAGCCUUUUUGUGAUCCAAUGUACUUCGUGUUAUUUUCCCAAACACCAAUUGAAGGGGUUGAUAUUUGUGUUCAACUCAGUAUUGGUAUGGGAAGGAGAAUAUAUAUAUAUAUAUAUAUAUAUAUAUAUAUAUAUAUAUAUAUGUUA